AUGAAGCCGGAGGAGGCUCCGUCCUGCCGGGAGCAGGGAACGCCGCUCCCGGGAGCCGGCUCUCCCCGCGCGCUCCCGGUGCUGUGCGCGGGCUGCGGCCGCGGGAUCUGGGACCGGUUCCUGCUGCGGGUGAACGAGCGCUCGUGGCACGAGCGGUGCCUGCGCUGCUCCGAGUGCGGCCGCGCCCUGCGGGGCCGCUGCUUCAGCCGGGAGCGCCGCCUGCUCUGCCGCCCCGACUACGAGAAGCUGUUCCCGCGGCGCUGCAGCCGCUGCGGGGGCGCCCUGGGGCGCUCGGAGCGCGUCCUGCGGGUGCGGGAGCGCGUCUUCCACGAGCGCUGCCUCCGCUGCGGCUCCUGCGCCCGCCGCCUCCGCCGCGGCGACGAGUUCGUGCUGCGCGACGGCCGCAUCCUCUGCCGCGGCCACGCCGAGCCCGCGGCCGCCAGCCCCGGCGCCGCGGAGGGAGCUCCGAGCGAGGACGAGGAGGGCCGGGAUUCCCGAUGCUCCCGGAAUUCCAGCGGGAAGGAUCCCAAACGUUCCAAGCGGCCCCGAACCAUCCUGAGCUCCCAACAGCGCCGGGCGUUCAAAGCCUCCUUCGAGGUCUCCUCCAAACCCUGCCGGAAGGUGCGGGAGACGCUGGCGGCCGAGACGGGGCUGACGGUCCGGGUGGUCCAGGUGUGGUUCCAGAACCAAAGAGCCAAGAUGAAGAAGAUCGCCCGCAGGCAGCAGCAGCAGGAGCAGCUCGGGAAUUCCAGAGGGGGAAUUCCAGGCGGGAGAGGACCCGGGAGGAGCGGCCGGGAUGGGAAUGAGGAUGAGGAGGGCCUGCAGCGGAUCCUGGUCCCGUAUUCCCAGAUCCCGCCGCCGUCCCUGGAGCCCCACGGAUUCGGGAGCGAGGCCGGAACGUUCCGGGGAACGACCCCCCCGGAGCUCGGGCCCUAUGACUCUGAGGGAGUUUUCCAGGAGCUGGAUGGGGACGCCCUGGGAUCCUUGGGAGCGGCCCUGAUUCCCAUGGAGAAUUCCCAACAGCUGAUCCUCCUGAAUGCCGGAAUUCCCGAAAUUCCUGAGCCCAGGGAUGCCCUGGAGCGUCUGUUCGCCGGGAAUCCCAGAAUUCCCGAACCUGGGAAUCCCAUGGAGCGCCUGUACUCCAUGCAGAGCUCCUACUUCACCUCCUGACAUCCCGGAACUCCCGAAAAUCCCAGUCCUGGGAAUCCCCAAAAACUGGGAUCAACCCCCUACGAGAUUCCGCUGGAAUUUGGAAUUUUCCCUCUGCUCCUGUGCCAAUUUUGGGGGGGAAUUUUUGGAAUGAUUCUUUUUGUUUGUUUGUUUUUGUUUUUGCAUGUCUGGGAGGAAAUAAAUCCCAGGGAAAAAAAAAAAAAAAG